ACAUCAGACAACUGAGGGCUUCAGACUGGUAGAAUUAAUCUUAUUUUUUUUUUCUCCUUAGGUGUUUAAGAUAGAAGUGCUAAUGAAUGGAAGAAAACAUUUUGUUGAGAAAAGGUACAGCGAAUUUCAUGCCUUGCACAAAAAGCUUAAGAAAUGUAUUAAAACUCCAGAAAUUCCUUCUAAACAUGUGAGGAACUGGGUCCCAAAAGUGUUGGAACAACGACGACAAGGUUUGGAAACAUAUUUACAGGCUGUCAUUUUAGAAAAUGAAGAACUUCCCAAACUGUUUCUUGAUUUCCUAAACAUCCGGCACUUGCCGUCUCUACCAAAGGCAGAGAGUUGUGGGUCUUUUGAAGAGACAGAAUCUGAAGAGUCAAGCAAACUGUCCCACCAGCCGGUGCUGCUGUUCCUCAGGGAUCCAUACGUCUUGCCUGCAGCCAGUGAUUUUCCAAACGUGGUUAUUGAAGGAGUUCUCCAUGGGAUAUUCUACCCUCACCUCCAGCCCAGGUAGAAAGCCUGUGUGGCCAGAAGAAGCUGAAGCCGGUUUCAGAGUUGCAGUCAAGGAAAUCGAUACCUACCAAAUGAACCUAAGCUCUAUGACACAACAGCUCGAGCUGGUGGUAAAAUUCACUGCCCAAGCUUAACCCAGGGCAGGGACAUUUCCAUUAGAAUGGUGCUUUUAAAAAUAGAAGCUGAACCAGGGCUGUGCUGAGGUUGAGGCCAAAUGUUUAAGAAGUAGAAUGUAGCUGCCAAUUUAGAGUCGCAUGAAAAGGAGGCUCCGGUGGAUCCCCAGGAGCCCCCAGUGGGAUAAAACAAAGGGACUCUGGGCUUCGUUGGUACCAUUUGCUAAUUGAAACUCUUACCCUGAAUCAUAUUGAGGCUGAUCAACGCUGGUAGCUUUCUUGUUCAGAUUUUGUGACACACUAAUGUUGUCAUUAUGCGGUUUUCUCGGCCAGGGUUAGAUACAUUCUGAAGUGCUGGCACCAGGAGGGUAUCACAGAAACACACACUGCUCACUGUGAGGAAGGCACUACACUGGAAAUUAAAUUAUGCUGACAGUCGUAGGGCACAUUUUAAAUCAUGGCAUUUUUUAUUGACAUUACAGUGGAGUUGCAUCAUACCCAGGGGUUAGCUUCUAAUGUCUGUACAUGAGAUAAAAUGGGGUGUUAAGAUUAUCCUCAAAAGCCCUUUAGGAAGGCAUCAUGUUGGAAACCUGUCCAUCUACAAUGACCAGUUUUUCCUCCAGUAUUGGAAGAAACGACUAUUGGUUCUGUUGAGGACCAAAUAAAGUUGUUGAUGUUUGUUUGGGGGCUAUUUUAUAUCAAAAACACAUACCUUUAAACACUAGAAUCACAGUUACCCCUGCAAGAUGCUUGCCCUCUGAGAGGCAGAAUGUGAGCUGACAGUGACUGAGGGGACUCCGUAGGGACAACACUCAGCUUGGUUUACUCAAGGGUGUCCAUUCAUUGAAUAGGUCACAUUGCCACGGGAUUUACAGUUCUUUUUCUUACUGCUUCCUUUUCACUGACCUCAUAUCUUGAAUUAAUGUAAGUUAAAUGUGUUUAUGAUAGGACUGCACUGUACAUCUUACAGACGUUCAUAAUUUGAGUAGUAAAGGAUAUAAGCAUAUAUGCGACCUGUAUGUAUGUGCUGUAUUUGGGCAUUUCAUUGAAAACUAAUUAACUAAUAGCUAGACUAUUUAUGAUUAUUAAUUUUAAUAAGCUUCUGUGUGGGAGAAGAAUAUUUAGAUUCAAAGCUAAUUACUGAAUCCUGUUAUUUGAUUAGGAUAUAAAUAUACAAGUUUAAAGCCUGCUGCAAACUUUUUAGAGGCAUAUUUAUGAUAGGUAUGUUACCAUGUAUUAGAAACAAGCAAGAACUGAAUAAUCAAGUGGCAUCAACCAAAAAUAACUGAAUAGUCAAGUGUUGGAAAUAUUUUUUUAAUGUUUUUGUUAUUAGCUAUUUUGAGUUAAAUAAAAACAAAGAACAAGAAAUA